AUGUCGGAAGCAACAGAAUUGGAAACAAUUUUCAAGAAAAAUAAAAUAAUUCCCGAUGUAGUGACAAUUGGGCCAAAAUCUCUGUUAAAGGUUAUUUAUCAAGGGAAUAUUGAAGUAAAUAAGGGAAAUGAAUUGACACCCACCCAAGUCAAAGAACAACCCACCGUAGAAUGGCCGCACGAAGACGCCAGCUUUUAUACACUUAUAAUGACCGAUCCCGAUGCUCCAAGUCGUAAGAAUCCAACAUUUCGUGAAUAUCAACAUUGGUUGGUAGCUAACAUACCAGGCUGUGCGGUGGAAAAAGGUGAUAUUUUAAAAGCUUAUGUUGGCUCCGGACCACCAGAGGGUACUGGCCUACAUCGUUAUAUAUUUUUGCUUUAUAAACAAAUGAGAAAAUUGAAAUUCACUGAAGAGCAUAUAGCCAAGAACAAAGGUUCAAAACGGGGUAAAUUUAAUACAAUGGCAUUUGUCAAGAAAUAUAAAUUGGAAGAACUGGUAGCGGGGAAUUUCUAUGUGGCCCAAUGGGAUGAAUAUGUUCCACAAGUACAUAAACAAUUGUCGGGAAAAUAA